GAGUAUUUCUGUCUCAUUCAGCAGAAGUUUCCGAACCACUGUCGAAAAAGGCAGGGAGAGAGCAGGUCCCAGCCUGCUGCCUGAGAGGCUGCUCCGUUUUGGAAGCUCCGUGCACCGCUCCGCAGGUUGCCCUCCCGUGAAGGAGAAGCCACUCACCCCACAAACAGGCACAAGUCUACGUUGCUGUGGAUCAAAAAUUCGUCCAGCUGCAACAGGAUGUUUAAAAAAGUCACCCAAUCCAUAGUGAAACAAAUGGAUCCAGAUGGAGACCUGGUCCCAGUUCGCAGCAUCUUGGACCAUGAACAUUUCAGACCCCUGUGGCUAGUGAGAAGAAAAAAACAAACCAUAUUCCAGCGAUCUCCCCGCUACAAACAGACAUGGUACAGACUGGAGGACGUACUGCUGCCUGGACAGGAUGGUAAAAGCUCAGAGUCUCUCAUUCCCAAUGGAGGUGAACAAGAUUCAAGGCAAUUUCUAAUCAAAAAGAGUGGCACUGACAGAAUUGAUGGGAGUCUCAUCGUUCCUGCUGACCCCGCAAGAGCGGAGCUGAAAGGAGCUGCCUCCUUGGCCAGCGAGUGGUCCAUCAAGCUGCAGAAGAAACACAUACCACCAGCAAAACUUGAGGCACUGAAAACAGAAAGGAAAAUUAAUACAAAUCACACCUUCCUUCAACAACUACAGAAAACAGGGCAGAAUUUGUACGUGGUUCAUGAGACCAUAGAAACCCUGGAGGAGGCCAGCUAUCAGGAAAUCUCUGAGGCAGACGGCAACUUCAUGGCCCAGUUUUACGUCAAGUUCUGUGCCAAUGGCACCAGAGGGAACAAACAAAGCAUAACCAUACCCAAAGGCUGCACCCUGGCCUUCAGGGCAUUCAAGCUGGCCAUUUCAGAUGCAACAUGGGAUGUCCUGGAAGGAAUAUUAGGAGCACUGGAGGCAGAAGUGAAAAGGAACUGUCACAUUCUCUCCAUGUUGUCUUCUCAGCUGUCCAUCAUCUUACUAAAAGCCAUCAAAGCUGUGAUGGGAGACGGGAACCUCUUCCAAGAACUGAGCCACAAGAUGGAAGCAGUUCUUGAUGAAGGUGACAGGGGUGAGCUGAAAACAGAAAGCGCAGCCUUAAAAGACCUGCUGAGCCACUUGCAGCAUUCCUCAGCAGACAUUCUCCUCAGCAUGGCAGCAGCCAUCACCUACACCCUUGAUGCUUUAGAAGAGCUCAGUGAGGAUCAGCACCUGCUGCUGCUCGAGUCCCUGGAAAACAAGAUCGUGUCCCAACAGCUUAAGCUGGUUGAGAGCAUCUUGAAACAGAGAGAAUAUAGGAAGGGGUUCAGCGCAGACCCCAGCUUGCUCUCCUUCUCCCGAGAGAGGGACCGCCAAGUAACCAUUGCAAUGAUGGAGAUGAGCGGGGUGAAGCUCCGUGAGGACGGAUCUGCUGCUUGCACAGAAGAUGCCUCCUCAGCCACAGAAGCCCUCUAUGUGUCUCUGUACAUCCUCAAUCUUCUGAGUAACCCCUGUUAGGUUACACAGCCCUCCCAUGCACGAUGAUUUAAAGAUAAUCACUUCACAGUGUAUCUGAAAGUCUCUUAGCACAA